ACUGUCAACUGCCUACAAAGGUUGUUAUUGUUGAGGGCUGGAAGAAUAAUCUGGAAUUAACAGUUUUUAUUUUGUUUUCAAGAAAAAAGUGGGUAUUCUUUCUAAACAUGACAUCAACAGGACCUCUGAAAGCUAUGUUUGAAAACAUGCAGGCGAAGACGGACAAAGCGAUAAAGAAGUCGAAAUCCCAGGAUGAUGCUCCCGUCGCUCCUCCGGACGGUCACCGGGAGGCGGGCGACGCUCUCAGUGGCGGCGAUGCGAAGCACAAGGGAUCAGGGAAAUCCGCGAAGAGACUGUCGGUGGAGAGAAUCUACCAGAAGAAAACACAGCUAGAGCACAUCCUGCUUCGACCAGACACCUACAUUGGCUCUGUUGAAUCUGUCACUCAGAUGAUGUGGGUUAUGGAUGAGGACCAAGAAAAUAUGAUUCAGCGAGAAAUCACCUUCGUCCCUGGACUCUACAAAAUAUUUGACGAAAUUCUCGUGAAUGCCGCUGACAACAAACAAAGAGAUCCUGGUAUGAACUGUAUCAAGAUCGAUAUAGAUUCAGAGAACAACAAGAUAAAGAUCUGGAACAACGGUAAAGGAAUCCCGGUCGUUGAACACAAGACGGAGAAGAUGUUCGUUCCCACGAUGAUCUUCGGUCACCUGCUCACCUCUAGCAACUACGACGACACUGAGCGCAAAGUUACAGGUGGAAGAAAUGGAUAUGGUGCAAAACUGUGUAAUAUCUUCAGCACCAAGUUCAUUGUGGAGACCUCCUGCAAGGAAUACCACAAGUGCUUCAAGCAGACGUGGAUUGACAACAUGAGUAAGACGAAAGACCCGACCAUCGGCGACAGUAAGGAGCACGAUUUCACGUCGGUGACGUUCUUCCCCGACCUGACCAAGUUCAAGAUGGCGUCACUCAACAAGGACACGGUGGCGCUGUUCUCGCGCAGAGCCUACGACAUCGCCGCCACGUCGAAAGGGGUCAAGGUCUUCCUCAACGGAAAGAAAAUACCGGUGAAAAAUUUCAAAGAUUAUGUUGACCUUUACAUAAAGAAUAAAAACGACGAAGCUGGUGCCCCGCUGAAACUUGUACACGAGAACCCCAACGAUCGAUGGGAGGUUGCUGUUACCCUUAGCGAUAAGGGAUUCCAACAGGCCAGUUUUGUCAACAGUAUUGCAACCACAAAGGGUGGUCGGCAUGUGGAUUACGUUACGGACCAGCUUGUCACCAAGCUGAUAGACAUCGUCAAGAGGAAGAACAAAGGUGGAAUCAACAUUAAACCAUUCCAGGUUAAAAGCCACAUGUGGAUAUUUGUGAACUGCCUGGUGGAGAAUCCAACCUUCGACUCGCAGACUAAAGAAAACAUGACGUUACAAGCGAAAAGUUUUGGCUCAAGAUGUCAACUUAGUGAGAAAUUCAUUACACAGGUCAGCAAGUGCGGGAUCAUCGAGAGCAUCUUGAGCUGGAUGAAGUUCAAGGCACAAGCUCAGCUCAACAAGAAGUGCCAUGCGUCGAAGCACUCCAAGCUGAGGGGAAUCCCCAAACUGGACGACGCGAACGACGCGGGCACGAAGAAUUCCCUCUCCUGCACGCUGAUCCUCACCGAGGGCGACUCAGCCAAAACGCUGGCCGUUGCGGGGCUCGGGAUUGUGGGCCGCGAUCGCUACGGAGUGUUCCCGCUCAGGGGGAAAGUCCUCAACGUGCGGGAAGCCAGCCACAAGCAGAUCAUGGACAACGCGGAGAUCAACAACAUCGUGAAGAUCAUGGGGCUGCAGUUCAAGGAGAAGUAUGACUCACCCGAUUCGAUCCGCUCCCUGCGAUAUGGCAAGAUCAUGAUCAUGACAGACCAGGACCAGGAUGGGUCGCACAUCAAGGGUCUGCUCAUCAACUUCAUACACCACUUCUGGCCCAACCUCCUCAAGCAUAACGUCGUCGAACAGUUCAUCACGCCUAUUGUCAAGGUGUCGAAGAGUAAAACGGAACAUUCUUUCUACAGCAUGCCCGAGUUUGAGGAGUGGAAAAACAACACGGACAACUGGCACACGUGGAAAGUAAAGUACUACAAAGGUUUGGGGACGAGCACGGCGAAGGAGGCGAAGGAGUACUUCUCGGACAUGGAGCGACACCGCAUCCUGUUCAAGUACGCGGGGGCCGAGGACGACUCGUCCAUACAGCUGGCCUUCAGCAAGAAGAAGAUCGAGGAGCGCAAGGAGUGGCUCACCAACUGGAUGGAGGACCGGAAACGGCGCUCCGAGAUGGGACUGCCCGAGCUCUAUCUGUACGGGAAAGACACAAAGCGAGUCGUCUUCAAUGAGUUCAUCAACCGCGAGCUGAUUCUGUUCAGCAACAUGGACAACGUGCGGUCGAUUCCGUCACUCGUCGACGGCUUCAAGCCGGGUCAGCGCAAGGUCAUCUUCGCCUGCUUCAAGCGGAACCUUGUCAAGGAGAUCAAGGUUGCGCAGCUCGCUGGCUCUGUCUCUGAGAUUGCAGCCUAUCACCACGGAGAGGUAUCUUUGAUGGGAACAAUCAUCAACUUGGCUCAGAACUUUGUUGGUUCCAAUAACUUGAAUCUGCUGCUUCCCAUUGGUCAGUUUGGCACUCGUCUACAUGGCGGCAAGGAUGCAGCCAGUCCCAGAUACAUUUUCACCAGUCUGAGCAAACUGGCUCGCCUGGUGUUCAACAUCCACGACGACCCGCUGUUGAAGGCGAAUUACGACGACAGCCUGCGCGUGGAGCCCGAAUGGUACUGCCCGAUAUUACCCAUGGUGCUCGUCAACGGGGCCGAGGGGAUCGGCACAGGAUGGAGUACGAAGAUUCCCAACUUCGAUGUCCGCGAGAUCGUCGCCAAUCUGAAGAGACUGCUCGAUGGACUGGACGCACUGCCGAUGAUAACGUCAUACAAGAACUUCAAGGGCACGAUAGAGGAGCUGUCCGAGAACCGCUACGUGGUCAGCGGCGAGAUCUCCAUCAUCGACGACAACACCCUUGAGAUCUCUGAGCUGCCCAUCCGUUCGUGGACGCAGAACUACAAGGAGGAAGUGCUUGAACCCAUGCUGCACGGCACCGACAAAACACCCUCCAUGAUCACGGACUACAAGGAGUACCACACGGACACGACAGUCAAGUUUACAGUGAAGAUGGACUCCGACAAGCUGACGGCCGCCGAACAUUCCGGUUUACACAAAGUGUUCAAGCUGCAGACCACCAUCUCAACCAACAGCAUGGUUCUGUUUGACCACAACGGGUGUAUCCGGCGGUUCCAGGCUGUGGAGGAGAUUCUGAAGGAAUUCUACGAGGUCCGUCUCGACAUGUACAAGAAGAGAAAGGCCUACCUCGACGGGAUGCUGGCUGCCGAGUCGCUCAAACUGGACAACAUCGCACGCUUCAUUCUCGAAAAGAUUGAAGGAACCAUUGUCAUUGAAAACAAGACGAAGAAGGACAUCAUUCAGAUGCUGGUGCGGAAAGGUUACGACUCGGACCCCGUCAAGGCGUGGAAAGACUCGCAGGACAAAGAGAAGAACAUGGAUGAUGACGACGAAGCGGACGAUGCCGAGAGUUCGACGGGCGGUGGGCCCGACUUCAACUACAUCCUGAGCAUGCCACUGUGGAACCUCACCAAGGAGAGGAAGGACGAGCUGUGUAAACAGAGGGACGCCAAGGCACGUGAGCUGCAGAUUCUGAGAGGGAAGACGUACUGUGAUUUGUGGAAGGAAGACUUGGAACGGUUUUUGGAAAUGCUCGAUGAAGUUGAACAGCAAGAGAGAGAGGACAACAUCGUGCACCUAAAGUCGAAGGUGGUGAAGGGGAAGUCUGGGAAACCACGGAAGAUUGUCAACGAGGUGAUGCCGUCACCGCUGGGCAUCCGAGUGGAGCCGAGGAUCGACUCGGGGAUGAAAAUCAAAGCGGAGAAAGACGCAGCCCGCAAACUGAAAAAGGGUAAGAAGACUCUGAAGUUUGACGGAGAUGGGGAGAGCCAACCCAUGGAUGUGGACGUGGACGUGGACGUGGACGACAUCAAACAGGAGAAUGGGGACGAUGAACCGAAAAGCCUUGCUGAGCGGAUCGGUGUCACGGUGAAGAAGAUGAUACCGAAAGCAAAGACGGGACCAGCCACAACAAAAGCUCCCAGACCAAAGACUUCCCCGAAGAAGAAGAAGAAGGUGUUCGACUCUGACGUCUCAAUAAGUGGUGCGAGCGACCUCUCGGACGUAGAAAAUGGCGACACCAGCUUUGCCUUCAUUCCUCGGGAACGAGCAGUGCCACGCAGGGCUGCAGCUACAACAAAAGUGAAGUACUUUGAUUCGGAUGACGAGGUAGUUAAAUCUGAAUCAGAACAGUCGUUUAAGCCAGUCGAUUCUGAUGUGGAAAUUGAAAGUAUUAAAGAAAAGCCUGCAGACACCAAGCCCGUUCCCGUCAAACAACCGGACCGAGGAUCGAGUCCCGUGAUCACCGCGGACUUCUCCGAUACCGACAGUGACGCCGAAGCCUUCUCCAUGAAAACCUUCACCACAAACACAGUCUCGCAGCCGUCCAGUAAAUCUAUAACAUUUGAUGACAGCAGUGAUGGUGACAUGUUUGCCUCUAGUAAAAAAGAGCCCGAAAAGCCCAAACUAGUAGAAAAGAAAACGAAAAAGCCGGCAGCAAAGAAAGCUAAAAAAGCCGACCCCAAACAGCCAUCUAUUUCUACCAUGUUCUCGAAGCCCAGUAAACUGACCAAAUUCAAAUCUAGUGCUCAGAUAGAAUUGUCCGAUGAUGACGAUAUAAUUGCCCUCAGUCCAGAGAAAGAAACGAGCACACAGGUGAAGAAACCGAGGAAGAAGACCUGUAAAGAGACCUACCUUUGUUGACUCUGAUGAUUCGGACGGCGGUUUUGUCGCCAAGAAAUCCAAGACGUAUGCAUCAAGUGACGACGACGAUUCGGCUCUUGACAACGGCAACAUUGUCUCAUCGAUGCCCGGCCGCACCACGGGGCGAUCGAGAGCGCCGGUCAAAUACAACUACGACGAAGACGAUGAUGAUGAUGACUUUUGAAUGUGUUAAGAGUCGUUAAUUAAUUAAUGGACGAGCUUGUUCGAAGGACGUGUGAUAUCCAGUGAUAACUGACAGAAAAUACACUCGUUUAGAGUGUUCAAACAAUGUUUGAAAUUGUCGAGUACAGUUUGCAGCUGUCCCAGUGAGAUGACGAAGAAAGAUGGCAGACUUUUGCAGCUGGUUGUUUGAGAAACAAUAGUCAUUGUCAAAGUUUUAUUAUUUAAAUUAGUUUUUUGUCUUGGGGCCGCCUUCCAUUGACGUGAAUUUGUCGAUACAGUGCAUACGUACAUAGACCUUUUCCAUAGAAGCGAUUUCGCAUGUAGACGUUCAACACGCUGAAAAAAGAAGUUGACUGAUUAUUAAUUUAUCAGCACAAGAUGUUUUUCAGUGUGGUGACGUCAUAACUCAAAGUAUUUACUUUCGGCUUAAAAGUACACUUUGAUAGUAUUGGACGUGUGAAAACACAGAUAAGGCAAAGCACAUUUCCGCACAUGGCAUCACAUUGAUGGAAAACGGCCCUUAGACAACGUGAUUUUUAGCAGAAAUGGUUGUUUUUUAAUCUGACAGUUCUCGGUAUGAAAUUAUCGAAUAAUUGUCUAUUUAUCGAAUACUCUUGAAUUAUCGUAAACUUUUUCAAAAAGUUAAAUCAAAUAUUGAAGAAUUUUACACUUGAGUCUUUCUGAAGUAUAGGUUUCAGAGAGGUCUAGAACCAUCUGUAUAGAUCCUACUCAAUCUGAUUGUUAACCCAUGACAGAACCAAAAGAAAGCAGUUCGUGAUGAUGGAAGGGUUGAACAAACAUUGUAAUACAAUAUUUUCAAUAUACAUGCGACACAAAAAUCCAUGUAUAAAUAUCAAAGACAUAUUUAAAGUUCACUAGUAGUUGAUGAGACAUUUAAGAAGUGAUUUUAUUCUUAUUUUUAUCUUUUUUAGUCGUCUGUAUGGCAGUUACCAUUUUCAUAUCAAGCAUGUCGAUUUAAAUAUAUAUGACUUCAUUUCUUAAAACUAUUUCAACCCAAUAUUUUUACAAAAAAACCCCACUGCAAAUUGCUUGAUUGAUAAAAGGUGUCUUGUGAUAUAUGAGUGUAGCUGGUGCAUUAAUUGGACAUCCUUGGGGAAAAAAGUAUUUCUGUUUAUGAACAAUGAAAAAAUAAAACCGACAUAUCAACUAAUUUGGACACACACAUGCAUGCAUACACACAACUACAAUCAACAGGAAAUAUUGGGCAGAAUGCCAGUGAGCUUAUUGUCUUCAUGUGUCAUUUUGGUAGAAAUUUUUUGCUGUUCUAUGAAACACGAAUGCAAAUGCAGUUUGAUAACCAAUAAAUGGUUUACACGUACAGCGAAACCUCUCUAAACUGGACACGCUUGGGCCAAGACAAUUGUCCAGUUAAAAAAGGGAUCUGGUUUAAGGAAGGUUAUGUUCUGUUCUGGUUUUUAAAAAGGGACUCUUAUAAAACGGCUAGUUUUGAGGGAAUUCCGGUUUACAGAGGGUCCGGUCUUGAGAGGUUUCGCUGUAUUUUGAAUGAUCAGACACCUAAUUAAGUUUGUUGUGCGAGGACUGAUGCAAUUUUAUGUCAUUAUGGAAUGAGGAUACAAAUAAUUUGUUGUAGGACUCAAACUUAACGAUGGCACCAACAGGAAUUGCCGUCAUUGAGAUAUAAAUCGUCAUUGUGCGGGAGCAUUACUGAUGACACUUUUGUCGCCAAAUAGAAAUUACUGCUGUCGAUAAACCUUGUCAUUAACGGCAAAAUGUAUACUCUGGUGUACAUUAUCUGCCACUUUGUAACAAUUGUACAUUUGUAAUAUGUCUACAUACUGCAAAAUUACCUUUCAAUGUUUAUUUGGUGCAAAUGUCACUUUAAAAAUAGUCAUAGGCAGGCUCAAAAGUGCCAUCGGUGAACCGUUUCACCCACAUCAAUUGUUUUAAAAUAAAUUGCUGUGCAUAACAAAUACUUAAUUUCGAACCCUGUACUUGUGUAAGAAGACAGUUUAGUUUGAUAUAUUGUGAAAUACAGAGAUUAAUAUGGUAUAUGUUCCACUGAUUUCUCUUGCUAAUAUCACCACAUAACAGAAGUCAUCCUAAAUUUGUGAAUAUCAUUGUACCAUUCAUGUUCCAUAACUUUAUUUUUUGUGUACAUACAUUUUUUUUUUAAUUUGAACUUUUAGUCACUAGUUGGUAGAUAACAUUGUGUUUUUAGAGAACUAUUAUUGUAGAAAUUCUGUGAAAUAUUGACCAAGAUUUGUGUAUUAUUGUGUGCUUAGCUAAGCAGGCAUCGGAAUAAGCUUAGAUUAGUUCGUGGGAACAAAUUCAAUGCACUGAUUUAUGGCAGCUGUAUUGCGAUACGGAGCAGGAUUUAGCUCAGUAGGUUGAGCGCUCGCCUGAGAUGCAUGCAUUGCAGGAUCGAAUCAACUCAGUGGAUCCAUUCAGCUGAUUGGGUUAUUUUUCUUGUUCCAACCAGUGCGCAACAACU